AUGGCGGAAGUGGAGGAAACCCUGAACCGCAUCAAAACCCGAAAAGGGGUUAAAGGCAUUAUUGUUCUUGCUGCUGAUGGCUGCAUCCUUCGCUCCACUUUGGGGCAGCAGCAAACUGCUGCUUAUGCUGCAGCAGCAGCACAACUCGCAGACCGCGCCCGCUCCCUCGUCCGAGACUUAGACCCCCAAAACGACGUGACCUUCUUGCGGGUGAGGUCCAAAAAACACGAAAUUCUGGUGGCCCCCGACGGCGAGUAUUUGCUGCUGGUCAUUCAAGACCCCAACGCAGACUCCCAAGCUGCUGCCCUCAGCUAG